AUGGAAGACAACGAUGAAGAUUUCUUCUCAGACGAUGGCUUCGAUUCCCUGCCGCCAGGCACAUUGUUCGAGCUGGAACAGAGCGCCUACCAGGCAACGCAGGCACAGAGAGCUCAGUCACAACAACCCACAGCACAGGAAUACUCUCCGGCUCAGAGCGGGCCACCGGACCGGCAAAUUCGUUCGCGAUCAGCAUUGAAUGUCCCUUCGCGCUUACAUACCGGAUUGACGAGCGAGUAUGGCACACUCGAUGUCGGGGACCCUGAUGCCGAGGUCCUUGAAGAUGACAAUAUACAAUCAGCCGCGCUUGGCCAGUAUGCAGCUGUGCAGGAACACCCAAUGGAUUAUAUGGCGGUUCAGGAUCAGAAUGCUGAGGGGCAGAUGGAUUGGGAACGGCAUGAAAUGCUCCACGAUACCAUGAUGGUUGAGGAAGUUCACAGUGCUGGUAUACAGGUCGAGAUUCAGGAAUUGACCACCCAAAUUGAAGAACUCACUCGGCAAAAUGAGCGGAUCCUACGAGAAUUAUCAGAGGCCAAGAAUGAUGCGGAUACGAAAGCCGGCGAAAUAUCGAUCAUACGGUCCAACCAGGCCAGAGUGAUACAGAACCUUGAGAGACAAAUGGCUGCAUUGCGGAAAUCCAUGGCAGAUGAGUCGGCCAAACACAAGGAAGAGGUAGAAGCAGCACGAGCUGAAGGCAAGAUGCUAGCUACCGAGAAUGCCUUUCUGAAACAGGACCUUGCAGAGGAAGCCCUGCGUCUCAACAAUCUGAAAACUAAAAUCAAAUCCGAGGCCAAGGAACCCCCUAUAACGCCCAGGAAGUCUCGCGUGUUGCCCUUCCGCGAUGGGUUUGAUGACGAUGAAAUCACUGUGGUGUCUCCCAGUAAAUCGACCGAGAGGCGCUCGAAGAAAAAUACCCCCACUGUCCCUGGCAAGAGAAAAAGAAAACUGAGUCAGGAUAGCCUCACACCAACUUCCACAAUUCCUCUACAGCUGAGCGCGGAGGCACCUCCCCUGGCUGAUACUGCCGACGACGAACUCCUGCAUGAGCUUGCCGAAGAACAUUAUGAACAGCCCUCGACCUAUAGCGAUAAUCGCAAUGCCCGUUUCAUGACACAGAUCUUAAACCAUCGCAGUCCACCCACGAUGAAUCGUGAUAUCGAGGAAAUGGCACGAUUGGCUUAUCCCUCCGAACCACAACGAAUGCUCUCCAGUAUCAUCCUCGAAGAAACAGCGAGCCUCAACCCCAAAAACUAUCCAGUUGGUUAUGCUGCAUGUGUCGCAUCUUUGUGGUCGCGCGCGUUAAAGGAAAAAUUCUUCCGGCCAGUUCCCAUGUUUAUGUCGAUUGUGCAGUUUAUUCUUGCCCUAGACAUGAGAUUUAUUCCCCAGUUGAUCGGCCAUCUGGUUCCAGUGCUGCAAGAGGCAGGAGAUAUAAACGGUGUCCCCAGGUUUCGAAACUCCCCUGUUUCACGAAAAAAUUUGGGCCAAAUCCGGCAAACACCGCAGUCUGAACUCCAGCCCGAGGUGGACUCGACGGAAAUGUUGACCUUGCUGUACGAUAUGGCAUGCGGGUGUCUUCAUGUCGAGUCUGCAUUGCGGGAUUUCUGGCAGUUCAUGCGAUACGAUUUCGUUCUGAUGAUGUUGAACUCUUCCCAGCCGAUCCGCGACAUCAUCCUCACCAUCAAUCUCCUAUCGACCAGCAUCUCGCCCACUUCAUUUGGUUCACUCCGUGAUUCCAAAGAAGAGCAAGCGGCAAAUGAGAAAUACAUCGUCGAUCGUCUCGCUAAUUUGCUGAGUGAAAUGCCCCAAGUAGAUGAGGGUGACCCUCCAUACACCUCGAUCGAGAUCUGCAGCCUGCGACUCGAGGCCCUUUCGCUCCUGGCCCAGAUAGCGUUCAACUCCAUGGCUCCCGACAGCACUCACGGGAGCUCUGUCAUCGCCUCUCAUCCUACCGUUUUGGCACGGCUGUUUCGGGCGAUGCAUGACGAGCUGGAUGCGCUAUACUCCUACCCCCCGGAACGAGAUCUGCACUCGGCUCUAGUGAACCAGCUGAUGCAUCUGAUCUACUCCGUCAUUCAACGCCACAAGGAGGGCCUGGAUCUGCAAUCCAAACUCGUACGGGUUGCAGGCGGGAAGCAGAAAUUCCUGGUUGUGUUGACACGCCUGGCGUUUAGUGACGGGCCCGUGCUAGAAGAAGGAAUCACCGAUGAGACGGUCGAAAUGGCGCACGAGAUUCUUGAUGAUGCAGUCAAUCCCCAGGAAGCAGAAGCUCUGCUCGAGGUAUUUCCCAGCGCGAAACGCGAGGAUUAG